UAUUACUUUCAAAAGAGUCUUUGCAUUCAAGCUGAGCAAUUUUAGAAGCAUUAAUAAUUGAUCGAGCCAAUUAAACACUGUCAAUGCCAUUGGUCUUUCCUCCCAUAUGCCUAUAAAGUAAAAUUACGUACGUAUAUUUAAAGGCAACUCAUCCUCCAAUUUCAUUAGUAGUGCACUUGAUAAUCACUAUGAAAAUAUUCCUCCUUCAGGUUUCUUUCAUCACUAUCCUGCUUGUGUUUCCGAUCAGUUGUAACUAUAUUUCAGGCCAAUGUUUGGAUGAUCAAAAAGCCUUGUUGAUUAAAUUCAAGAAUAACCUCACGUUCGACUCUUCUUGGUCAAAGAAACUAGUGAGGUGGGAUGAAGACAGUACUGACUGCUGUCUGUGGCCAGGUGUAAGUUGUGAUGAGGAAGGUCAUGUGCUUGCUCUGGAGUUGGACGACGAAGCCAUUCAUGGUGGAAUUGAGAACUCAAGCAGUCUCUUCCAUCUUCGAUAUCUUGAGAAGCUCAAUCUGGCUCAUAAUGGCCUAUACUAUGUUCCAAUACCAACAGAAAUAUAUAAGCUCGCCAACUUGACGUACCUGAAUUUGUCAAGUGCUAGUUUUGAUGGGCAGAUUCCAAUGGAAUUGUCAAGAUUGACAAAGUUAGAGAUUCUUGACCUUUCUGGAGGGAUUUUAAAGCUUGAGAGGCCAGAUCUGAAAACACUGAUUGGAAAACUAGCAAAUCUUAGAGAACUUUACCUUGAUGAAGUGAAUGUUUCAUUGAAGGGGAGUGAGUUAUGCUCAGUAUUAUCUUCUUCUCUACCACAAUUGAGAGUGUUGUCAAUGAGAGUCUGUCAAAUUUCAGGUCCACUUGAUCCUAUCCUUUUAAAUCUUCGUUUCCUUUCAGUCAUUCGUCUCGAUGCCAAUAACUUGUCAACUAUGGUUCCUGAUUUUCUGGCAAAUUUUACAAAAUUAAAAACCCUAAGCAUCAGUUGGUGCAACUUGUUUGGUCCAUUUCCAAGUAAAAUAUUUAAGGUACCAACUCUACAGGAACUUGAUUUAUCUGGCAAUGAAAAUCUCAACGGUUUGCUUCCGAAUUCAAUUGCUAACCUUGUAAAUUUGACCCGGCUUGUUUUAAAUGGUUGCAAUUUUAGUGGACCUAUUCCAUCAACAAUGGGAAAACUGACAAACCUGGUUUCUUUAGUCUUGUCAAACAACAGCUUUACUGGUUCGAUCCCACUCUUUCACAAGGCUAACAAGCUCAAUCUCAUUGAACUUUCUUAUAACAAUGGUCCACUUUCUUCUGCUCAAACUCAGUUAGCUGUUCUCCUUUCCCUUCCGUCGUUGCAGUACCUUAGUUUUUAUAAUAGUCAUUUAAGCGGAGUAAUCCAUGAAUUUCCGAAUGCAUCCUCCUCUGUUCUGGAAACACUUGAUUUGAGCUAUAACCAUCUAAAUGGAUCGAUCCCCCGGUCUCUCUUUAAACUCAAUAGGCUUUCAUACCUCUCACUUUCUUCCAACUCCUUCAGUGGGACCAUUAAUAUCGAAGCGGUAAAGGGGCUUCCUAGGUUAAGUGGCCUUGACCUUUCUUACAACAACUUGAGGAUUGAUGUGCAGGGUAGUAAUUCAACCUCAUUUCCCUUUCCCCAAAUGAGCGAAUUGAGGUUGGCAUCAUGUCAGUUGCAAAAGUUUCCGGACCUUAAAAACCAGUCAAACAUGAAUGUAUUAGACCUUUCAGACAACAAUAUUUCAGGACAAGUACCCAGCUGGAUUUGGAGUUUUGGUUUAUCUGUGCUGAAUCUUUCUUGCAAUUUCUUAGAGUCUCUGGAAGAACCUUACAACAUAUCGAUAGAUUAUUGGAGUGUCAUUGACUUGCAUAAUAACAGGAUUAAGGGCGAUAUACCCAUUCUACCUACUUAUCUUAAUUACUUUUCAAUUGCCAACAAUAAACUUACGGGAUCAAUACCCUCUUCCAUAUGCAAUCUAGAUCUGCUUAUGUUUCUUGAUAUGUCAGACAACUCCUUAAACAACAAAAUACCUCCAUGUCUUUUCCAAAAGGCUAACAGUUUCAUAGUGUUCAAAUUAGGGAGAAACAAACUAAGUGGCAUUAUUCCUGAUACAUUUUUCCCUAAUUGCACUUUGAAAACUUUAGACCUCAGCAGCAAUAACUUAGAAGGAAAAGUUCCAAGAUCCCUGGAAAGAUGUGCAUUUCUGGAGGUUUUAGACAUUGGAACCAAUAAGAUAAGAGAUACAUACCCAUGCAUGUUGAAAAAAUUACCCAGUUUGCACGUUCUAAUCCUAAGGUCGAACAAAUUUUAUGGAGAUCUCCAGUGUCAUAUAGCUAAUCAAGCAUGGCCAAAGCUUCAAAUUGUAGAUAUUGCUUCCAACAAUUUCAGUGGAGCACUGCUACCACAGUACUUCUCGAGCUGGGAAGGCAUGAUGAAGAGCAGCAAUCCAGAGCUACAACACCAGUACUUGCAAGUUGAAUUCAUCGGCUUUGGCAUCUACUAUCGAAAUAGAGUAACUUUAACUCUCAAAGGUCAAGCGAUGGAGAUUGAGAAUAUUCUUGAAGUUUUUACAUCCAUCGAUUUCUCCUGCAACAACUUUCAAGGAGAGAUACCAGAGGUAUUGGGAGAUCUCAAAUUGCUGUACCUUCUUAACUUCUCACACAAUGCAUUGACAGGAAGGAUACCAAAGGCCCUUGGAAAGUUGACUCAGCUUGGAUCCUUAGAUCUUUCGGUAAACAAAUUAAGUGGGAGAAUUCCAGACGAGCUUGCAGGUCUCACAUUUCUUGCUUUCUUGAACCUAUCUUUCAAUCAACUUUCCGGUACGAUUCCAAGAGGCAACCAACUUCAGACAUUCUCAGCAAAUUCCUUUGAAGGGAACUCAGGGCUGUGCGAUUUUCCUUUAAAGAAAACGUGCAGUGGCACCACAGCGACUGGAUCAUCACAAUUUCCUAGCAGACAUUCUGAACAUGAAACAGUAGAUGGGAAAUAUAUAAGUUUUGCCUUGGGAUCUUCUGUGGCCUUUGGCAUCGUAACCUGGCUGCUUUUGCUUAGCCAAAAAUAUAAUGAGCUCAUCGAUAGACUUCUUUUCAGAAUUUUGGGUCAGCAGAAAAAGAGUGGCAGGAAUAAAAACCAGAGAAGGUCAAGGUAAGUUAAGGUUUUUGUAGAACAAAAGGCCAGUAAAGUUGCUGCACUAUGACUAAGUUUUGAAGUUUAAUGUCUUACAUUCUGUUUUAUAGGCGUGUCGUUAGUGUUUGAAUGGGUGUUUUAUUCAGGUAUGCUGUAUCAUGUUGAUACCACAAAUUUGGAAUGUUCAAGCAAUCCAAAUUCCUUGGUGCAAUAAGAUUUUUCCAGUAUGUUAUGAGAAA